GCUGUCAUUCCGAUGUGAUUCAUUUAAUUUAAAAAAGUUUUUUUGCUAAGAAAUUAGACAUUGCAUCUCUUUACUAGAAGAUUUAACUGGAUUUUCAAUGAGAGACAGUGAAGUCACACAUUUUUUGGUGUCAAUAAGUGGCCAAAUAGAGUUUGCCAGCUUCCCAGCCGGUGUGUUUGACGAGGAAGUGUAUGUCCAAUAUGAAUUUGUAUGGGGCCCAGAUUGGGCGGUGAAAUCCGGCCUUACCUCCGGCGUCAGCCAGAUGGCUCGGCCGGGAAGCAACCCUGAGACCGUCAUCUUUAACAUGCCUGUAGAACUGGUGUUCAGUAGCACCAAUGUGUCUGGAUGGCCACAAAUAAUAUUGACAGUAAGGGCAAAAAAUAUGAUGAGUGGCGACUCUCUCCGAGGCUAUGCAUUAGCUCUGACGCCUCCUACUGCCGGUGUAAGACAGAUCACUUCCCCUCUGCUCCGGCCGCGGGCAGCUACCAUGCUUGGAGAGUGGCUGGCAUGGGCCACCGGACAGUAUCCGGAGCUGGCUGACCCCAAAAUGCUGGCCAGUGGAAAGGAUAAUUAUCUGCUAAGAACAGAAUCAUAUGGGAGCAUCACCAUGAGUUUGUCUAUGAUAUCUAAGGACCUGAGGAAACUGGGUUAUGACAAUCAGCCACCUGCAUACAAGGAGUCCAGUUGAAUAAAAUCACCAAGUUGUGUUUCAGUUUAAUCAUUAACAAUGGAGUUAAAUCUAGUCCUUAUUUAUAUACUGAAUUAAAGUUAAAUAUACCUAGUCUGUAGAGCAUUCAUUAUGGCAGUGUACCUCCUAAAAUUGCCUUUGUAUUGCUAAUGCAUAGAAGUGAGGAAUUUCUGAACAUUUAUGCUGAACUGAUAACCAUUUCUGUGUCUGUUAAGUAAUACACAAUCAUUAUAUUUAAA